CUUCAAACGACCCGGAAGUAGUUUGAUCCACGCGAGCCCAACGGAAUCGUUGCAGAGCGAGCUGAAAACGACCGAAUUGUUACAGAGUGAGCUGAAAACGACCUAAAGAAACCAUGAGCCUCUUAACAAAGCCCAAGUCAGAGAUGACCCCUGAAGAGCUUCAGAAGCGAGAGGAGGAGGAGUUCAACACCGGCCCCCUCUCAGUCCUCACCCAGUCAGUGAAGAACAACACGCAGGUCCUCAUAAACUGUCGCAACAAUAAGAAGCUGCUCGGAAGAGUUAAGGCUUUUGACAGGCAUUGCAACAUGGUCUUGGAGAACGUGAAGGAGAUGUGGACAGAAGUUCCGAAGAGCGGGAAGGGAAAGAAGAAGUCGAAGCCCGUAAAUAAGGACCGCUACAUUUCUAAAAUGUUCCUCAGGGGGGAUUCUGUCAUCGUGGUGCUGAGAAAUCCUCUGAUCACAGGAAAAUGAACUCUCUGAACCGCUCACCUAUUCUUUUUUUUUUUUUUUUCUUACACUUUCUCAAGGCAAUUGAUUGUAGUUGCCGUAACCUUAUUUGUUUUGAUUUUGAUGUUGGAUCACUGAAUUCACUAUUAAGACAGAAAACAUGUCAUCAAAAAUAUGUUUCUCCCAUUUGACGGUCAUUUAAAAUGUUAGGCACGAAAGUGACCAAUUUUUUUCUUUGUCUGUGGAGCUUUUCUGUCUUUUUCAUUUUCAUAAUAAAAGUGAUGAAGAGA